AUGUGUUUUGCAGCUUCAUUGCAAGGGACAAGAGCUUAUUGGAAAAGAUCUCGUAAGGAUCUCACUAUAAUGAUACACCAAUUGGGAGCACCUACAUUGUUCUUCACAUUAAGUGCAGCUGAUACCAAAUGGCCAGAGCUACAUAAAUUGUUUCCACCUAACUUGUCUCCAGAAUUCCAAUCCACAAAGAAGCAAUUUAUAGAAAACAUUAUCCACAAUCCACACGUUACAUCAUUGUUUUUGCAUUUUAGAUUCACAAUAUUCCAUGAGGAGAUUAUUGACAAGCUUUUGAGAGCUAAAUACCAUUGGUAUAGGUAUGAAUGGAAACAUCGUGGCUCCGCACAUAUGCAUGGCUUCUUGUGGUUACCAAAUGCACCUGAUAUGGACAAUUUAGACUUGUCUAACCAUGAUAAUGUGCAAUCAACUAAGUCCUUUUUUGAUAGGUAUGUUACAGCAUGGAAUCCUCGCAACCAAGUUGCCCAAGCCAAUAGACUACACACUGCUUCACUGUUUGAUCCACGCAUGGCUAAUACAAACCAAAUUCUAUAUACUAACCCUCUCUCUGAUUAUGAGGAACUCAUCAAUGUUGUUCAGCAACAUACAAAAUGCUCUACUCACACUUGCUUAAAAAAAAAAGGCUCAACCCUCCAUUGUCGCUAUAGAGCCCCUUGGCCUGAGCAAGAUUUUUCAACACUAAUUGUUGAUACUGACCACAACCCAUCUUAUGAACCAGCAAGAAAUGAUAGUCAUUUAAAUAUUCACAGCCCAAUCAUGCUUGCAAUAUGGCGUGCAAAUGUUGAUUGCCAGCCUAACAUUAGAAAUGCCAAUCCACUCCAAACAGAUUGGGAAGCUCUUAUGUCUCGAUCCUCUUCUAAACUUCCUGUUGAUCAUAACAAGCACUUUGACAAUUCAAUUCAUUUAUUUGCAAAAAAUGCAUCUGUCAAGCACCACAAUACUAAAAUGUUGAAACAAUUGCACUUGCCUAUUGCACGAUGUCUCGCCCAAGUUCCAAAGCAAAUGAACAUUGCAUAUGAUAAUGAUGAGCAACUCCCUUCAGAAUUACUCCUCUCCCUUAAUGAACAAGUAAUGUUAAUUUCUAAUCUAUGGAUACAAGUUGGUUUGGUCAAUGGAUCAUUAGGACAAAUCAAAUCCAUUGUCUAUGAUACAGAUUCUAAACCUCCUGACUUGCCAAAGUACGUGGUCGUUGAAUUCAAAAAUUAUUCUGGGCCUCAUUGGGACAAUGUAAAUCCAAAGUUUGUUCCUAUACCACCUAUCACUCAAGGCAGCCGCACUCAACUCCCCCUUGCAAUGGCUUGGGCUCUUACUAUUCCCAAAUCCCAAGGCCUCACUUUGGACAAAGCAACAGUCAACAUUGGAAAGGCUGAAAAAACAAGGGCUAACCUUCACUGCACUGUCAUGAGUGAAAUCUCUUCAUGA